AUGGGUUCUUCUACAUUGGGGAGGGAAAUAUCGGGGAGAUUGUUCCCAGCCGGAAAAUCUCCUUUGCAAGAUCGAAGCUUGCAUCACAACUGCAAGUUGACCGAGUUUGGGCAACUGAAGCACUCUGUAGGAGAAGAAGUUUUCAAUGACGUUAUGAGUACAUCUCAAGUGGGAAUUAUUCUGAAGCUUGCCUCAAGGAGUUACAUGUGGUGUGCGAAGACAUGUCAUAACCUCCUAACACAUCAAUUGGCUAUUGAGUCGAGUAUGAGAUAUGGUCACUAUUUGGAGGUCGGCCAAUUAGGUUUUCUCUCCACGAGUUUGGGGAAAUCACACAGCUAA